GACAAUGGAGGAAGAUGAUGAGAGUGGUGCGUUCAGAAAUAUUGAUGUCACAGGAAGCCAAUCUUACAAAGGAGGACCACACUUGUUUGUUUUGCUAUGGAAGCUAACGUUAGCUAAAGUGCUAAAAAGUUAGCGUUCCAGAGAAAUCCAAUAUUCCUCUUAAUCCCUCCCCAGUUUCUGAUGAGGUGGACAUGAUAACCCUUAACACACAUAACCUUAUUCAUCCCUACAACAGGAAAUACUUUUUCCCUAACCUGAUAUGAAGUGUGCGCUGCACAUGUGAGCAUUUUUGAUGAUGGCCUCCGUCCAGUCCUUUGGUCUUAUCACAUUUAACCAUCUUUGUUUUUGUUGACGGGCAGUGGCGGCUGGUUUUGAGCCAUGACUCCUUCUAUUCUGGCUCCCAAUAACACAACAAGACAAACACAUUUUAAGACUCCUAUGUAGCCUGCAGCCCUGUGGUGGAGAGGCAGCUGCACCUCCAGAUAACAAACGGACGUCACUGUGACGUCGGCCCUAAAAGGGUCUAUUCAUUUCCAUAUAAUUGUUUUGUCAAAGCCACAGAGGGCCCCUAGAGAGAAGCUAAAGAGCGGUAUGUGGCUCUGGAGCCACAGGUUUCCUACCCCUGAUCUAGACUGAUAAAACUAUACCUACAGGAGGAAGAACAACGACACGAUGACGGUGCACACCAUGUGUCACAACCCCACCCUGCCACUAGAGGGCGUGGACCCCGGCCUGCUGCUGAACUUCACCUCCAGAGAGUGUCACAUGGUUCCCCAGCCCGCAGAGGAUGGAGCCAUGAUGGUGUGUGGCUGCCACGGAGAACAUGAGUGUAACGACAAGCUCAUCUUCGACAAGGGAGCCAACGGAUUCUCUAAGCUGCAAAGUAAAGACGUGAUCCCAGUGGUGGUGGUGAGUUUGGUUCCUCCCGUCCUGGUGGCCAUUGUUGCCACCGCCGCCUUCUACUUCUACCGCACCCACCGUCCCAACAAACCCAGCCCUCCUGCACGCCCUGCCUGGCCCACAAAACGCACCCCAGAGCUCUACCAGGCCUUCGACCUGCCAUGUGGUGGUGUCGGGGCUCGGGGAGAGGGUGGAGGAGGAGGAGGUGUGAUGGGUCCCGAAAGGGGGGGGUCUAACGCCAAGGGUCCAUCUCCCAACAAUGACAUCAUCAGUGGCAUGACAGAGUGGCAGACCCAGCUGUCCGAACCACUGCCCAUCAAGCUGGAGGUCCUGGUGGGGAAGGGGCGCUUCGCUGAAGUGUGGAGGGCGUGCCUGCUGCAGGGCGAGAAGGGUGGAGCUAACAGCUACGAGACUGUGGCGGUGAAGGUGUUUCCAGCUGUUGAGUACGCCUCGUGGAGAAAUGAGUGCUCCAUCUUCUCUGACCCCAUGCUGGAGCACGAAAAUGUGGUCAGAUUCCUUGCAGCUGAGGAGAGGGGCCCGCCUGGCCACGCCCACAGGAAGUACUGGCUGGUUUUGGCCUAUCACAGCCUCGGGAACCUGCAGGACUUCCUCACAGCAAACAUCCUAACCUGGGAGGAGCUUGUCGCCAUGGCAGGCAGCAUUGCCAGAGGGUUGGCUCAUCUCCACAGUGACACAACACCCGGUGGAGUACCAAAGGUGCCGGUGGCCCAUCGGGACCUGAAGAGCAGUAACAUCGUGGUGAAGAGCAGGAGGGAGUGCGCUCUGUGUGACUUCGGUCUGGCAUUAAGACUGGACGUCUCCCUCACUGUGGACGACUACGCCAACAGUGGACAGGUGGGGACGGCUCGCUACAUGGCCCCUGAGGUCCUUGAGUCCAGGGUGAACCUGGAGGACCUGGAGGCCUUUAAACAGAUGGAUGUUUACUCAAUGGCUCUGGUUCACUGGGAGAUGGCGUCCCGCUGCCACGCCAUCGGAGAGGUGAAGAGCUACGAGCCGGCGUUUGGCUCCAAAGUCUGUGAGCAGCCGUGUGUGGACAGCAUGAGAGACCUGGUGCUGAGGGACCGAGGACGGCCGGACAUCCCCUCGGCGUGGACGCAGCACCAGGGGAUGAGUGUCUUCUGCUCCACCGUCACUGAGUGCUGGGAUCACGACCCAGAGGCCCGACUGACGGCUCACUGCGUGGUGGAGCGCUUCAACGUCCUGCAGCAGGAGGAGGAGGAGGAGAGAGAAAGAGGAGGGCAGGAGGUGGAGGGAGAGGAGGAGCCGAGGCGAGAAGCUGACAGAGAGGAAGAUGGAGAGAGAGAAAAGGACUCAGAAACAGCAGACAAUGAGCAGAGUCCGUCUCUCUUCCCUGCUGCCUCUUCCUCCUCUUCCUCUUCCUCCCUCCAGGUUCCUCAGUCAGACUCAGAUAGAGGUGGAUCAGAGGUAUCCCAUGAUUCUUUGGGUCAGACUGCUUCUGUGGUGUGAGCGGUGGACGUCGUCUUCUCACGCUGUGAGCCCUCCUUCCUCCUGUAGCUGGCUGCGUUCACACUGUCUGUCCAAUCUGUUGUUCCUCUUAAAACAUCUUUCAGUAUGUAAAAGAUGGAGUGAAUUUGACAUUAACUUGGUUCAGACAUUCACGUUCCCCAGAGGAUGAAUCCUGAUGACUGUGAUGAUCCUCUGACUUCACCUCUGGCACCACCUGCAGGUUGACACUUAGGCUGCUUUCAGCCCUAGAGUCGUCUCCUUUGGUCUGAAUCAAGGACUCAUGUUGUUCCAAAGUUGUAUAAUUGCCUAGAGUUGGUUCGUGUUCUCACGGCAGCAUUUACAAGUGGACCAGAGCAAAUGCCGUGUGUGAGAAAGCUGCUCUUGAUUGGUCAGAAUUUCCAUGUGGGAAAAAUCAAGGCAGUAAAGCAAACGUUGAAGAAGAGUACACUUGCAAGAUAAAUGUGACACUUUCUAAUGUCACAAUGGAGGGACAACUACGCAGGUUGAUUUUAGCGCUGCUCAUCGUGGACUAUAUUGCUGUCAUUGUUCAUUUUAGUCAAACCAUACAGUU